AUGAAUCAAUAUGGUUAUAACGCGAACAUAUAUCCCUAUAGAGGGUAUCAAGAACAGCAGUACCGGGAUAGCCAAAAUAUAUUUGCGACGGUUCCAGCAACCAAUAGUAGCAUGGAUAUAGAAGAUGGAAUUCCUAAUAUAGAACCCCCAGGCUUACAGCAUCCAAAAUCUACAAAUAUUUUCCCAAAAGUGAAUCCGCAAUCCCAGGAUUAUAAUUUAAAAGCGCCAAACCUAUACCAAGAACCUCAGAAAAGGGGGCAAAGUUUGAAAGAAUCAGUUGUUUCAUUAUUCGAAAAUUUGGGUAAUUUAGUUGCCGCUUAUGCUCCUUCUGAAGAUAAAGAACAGCUAAGAAGCUUAGUUAAUCAGGCCAUCCAGGAUUAUCCUGAGCUGGAAUCAAAGCUCCAGGUAUUAUUGCAGACUAGCCUGAAAAAAAUAAAUCAGCCAUCAAGAGCAGAAAUUCCUAAUGGAGGGUGUCAGCAUUAUGGGGCAGAAAGAUAUACGCCGAUCUGCAAGCAGAGCCAUUGUAAAGAAUGCUUAAGAGAGCUGAUUUUUGCUGAUCCGGAAAAUUCACAGCAAAUAGCUUGCCCAUGUGGAAUUGGAUUGUCAAGAAAAAACAAGGAUGAAAUUGCUCCAGAACUGAAUCCGUAUAUAAAGAAACAGAUAGGAAAUUCUAUAAAUAUACCUGCUCAAAACUUCUCUCAAGGCAGACCUCAAGCUGAUCUGAAGCAAAACUUUAAACCAGCCCCUCAAAGUUUUCAAGAGAAUGUUGAAAAGCAAAGCCCGCCUCAGCUUCAAAAAAAGCCUAUUCCUCCUGCAAACCAAAAUAAGCCUCAGCCUAAAAUUUUUGCUGCUGAAAAUAAAAAACACCAAAACCCUCUUCCACCUAAUCAAAUAAUUCCUAAAAGAAUCCCAGAAAACCAAAGUCCUCCAAAAUACCAACACCCUCCAGAGCUUCCAAAAAACAAAAACCCACGGUCUGGUCCAAGAAUUGACGCUAAUAAACUAGCGUGCACUGUGUGCUCAGCAGUUAAAGAUAUUGAUAAUUUUACUGCUAUAACAUGCUCAGGGCAUGAUAUCUGCUCAACUUGCAGAGUUAUUUACCUUCAGCGCAGCCAUGAGUGCCCAAAAUGCUAUCGUGUAUAUAGCGAUAGUGAAAUUGAAAUGAUAUCAAUAUAGCCUAAGGCGACUUUUAGCAUUCCAGGGUCAUUAUAUAUUCUUGCAGCCUAUGUGAUGGUAAAUUUGCAAUAUUGUCAAGCUAAUUUUACAAAUUGGCAUAUGCGCCCUUAAUUAGCAUUUAAACAUGGAUUUAUAAACUGCUAUUCGAAAAAGUUUAAAAGGCUUCUAAUAAUGAAGGAGAAACAAAAGCAGCUCUGGACUGUAUUAGCAGCUACACUUCCUCCUGAAGAAUUAAAUGUUCCACAAAAUCAACAAAAUUUUGAAAGACAAGAGGAGUUUAUAUGUAUUCACUGUGGAAAUAAAAUAGCAAAGAGCGAAACUCAUAUGUAUGAAUGCAUGCAUCCUCUUCAUAUCCAAUGCCAAACUCCAACUGGAUGCCCAGUAUGCGGUUAUUAG